CGAGCCCGGGGGGUGGUUCAGCUGCCGGGGAGCUCGUGUGGGUGUAUGUAUGCAGCUUGUGAGCGCGCGCGUGCGUCAGUGUGUCCUGCCCGGUCCUGCCGUGAAUUCUCCGCCGGUUCAAGCAUGGAGGAGUUAGCCAGAGAGAGCAUCAGCCUGCUGACUUCAGCUACCGCCAAGCCGCCGCUGGACGCGGCCGCCGCCGGGCCCCGCCUCGGCUCCACGGGGGCCAUCUUCAUCAUGCUGAAAUCCGCGCUGGGCGCCGGGCUCCUCAACUUUCCCUGGGCGUUCGGGAGAGCCGGGGGCGUCCGCAACGCAGUCACUGUCGAGCUGGUCUCCCUUGUGUUCCUGAUCAGUGGUCUGAUCAUCCUGGGCUACGCCUCGUCCAUCAGUGGCCAGUGCACGUACCAGGCGGUGGUGAAGGAGAUGUGCGGGCCAGCCAUUGGCCAGCUCUGUGAGAUCUGCUUCGUCUUCAACAUCUUCAUAAUCUCUGUGGCCUUUCUGGUUAUAGUGGAUGACCAGAUAGAGAAGUUGUGCGGCUCCCUAUAUGAGCUGAUAACUGGUUUGCCGGAGUCAGAGAUGCCGUACCACGUCUACACAGACCAGCGCUUCGGCCUGGUGCUGCUCUGCAUCCUCCUCAUCCUGCCGCUGUCCAUCUCCAGAGAGAUCAGCUUUCAGAAAUACACCAGUGUUCUAGGCACUCUGGCUGCAGCCUACCUGACCAUCGCCAUCAUCAUCAAAUACCACACCACGCCUUCUGUUCUGGUUCACAUCACCCCGCUCACUAGUGGGAUCAGCUCCUGGGCCUCCAUGUUCAGCGUCAUCCCCACCAUCUGCUUUGGUUUCCAAUGCCACGAGGCGUCCAUCGCCAUCUACAGCAGCAUGGAGAACCAGCGGCUCUCUCAUUGGGUCUUCAUCUCCGUGGUCUCCAUGAUCAUCUGUCUCAUCAUCUAUUCCCUUACAGGGGUUUAUGGGUACCUGACGUUUGGAAAGGACGUGAAGGCCGACAUCUUGAUGUCGUACACCGGCGAUGACAUUCUGAUGCUCAUCGCCCGGCUGCUGUUUGGAGUCUCCAUCAUCACCAUCUAUCCCAUCAUUCUGCUGCUGGGCAGGUCCGUGAUCCAGGACCCCCUGCUCAGCUGGCGGCGGAGGCGUCACGGCGUGGUCACGGCGGCGUUUGAAAGCCGCAGCCGCUACACGCUGACAGUCCUGUGGAUAACGGUGACACUGCUUAUCGCCAUGUACGUACCGGACAUCAGCAAGGUGAUCAGUGUCAUCGGAGGGAUCAGCGCCUUUUUCAUCUUCAUCUUCCCAGGACUCUGUUUGAUGUUUGCAAUGCAGUCUGAGCCAGUGUCCUGUAAGACCAGAGUCACCCUCACAGUGUGGGGAGUGGUGACCCUGCUCUGCGGGACUUUCAUCUUCGGCCAGAGCACCACCAUCGCUUUCAUGCAGGUCCUCGGAAAGAUCUGACUGUUCUCCUCCCUCACUGAUCUGGGGCUUUUCAUGCAGACAGGGGUGACUGGAUCCUAACCCUUUUUCAUCCCUGGAGAGCCCGUGAGGAAUUCUGGCCACCAUGGAAUUUAAAAACUGGACGUGAUCUCUGAACAAUCAACAUGAAUAUUUGAUGAAAGCCUGAUUAGCACUAAUUAGUACUGAUUAGUACCUGAUUAGUACUUAGCAAAAAAAGAAAGAAACGCCCUCUCACUUUUAACUGCUUUUAUACUUUAGGCAAACCUAAAGCUGUAAGUGUGUAGUUUCUGUCACCCCCAUGAGGAAUUCUAAGUAAAGUCAUCUUAAAUGUAACGGACCCUCAUUAAUAUUAAAAAGUUACACACUACAGCUUUAACAUGUGUAAAUAUUUGUAUGAACAUAAAAAGAACAUGUUUUACAGACAUGCGACUAACAGAAAUAGAAUAAUGUGUCCCUGAACGUGACCACUUCACUGUCUCCCUGACUGCACUGGCUCCUUGUCCAAUACCGUGUUAACUUUACGAUUCUCCUCCUCACCUUCAAAGCCCUCCAUAAUCUCGCUCCUCUAUACCUCCUUCAGCUUUACACUCCAUCCCGACCUCUUUGAUCCUCCUCUUCCUCACUGCUUUCCAACUCCUCCUGCCCGCCUGUCCACACUAGGGUUCAGAGCCUUCAGCCAUUCUGACCCUCUCCUUUGGAACUCCAUCCCUCUUUCCAUGCGUACUAUCGAGUCUCUCCCACCUUUAAAAACCUCCCUCAAACCCCCUAUUCCAAAAGGCCUACCCCACAUAACUCCACUGUCCAUCGAAUUCACAGAUAUAUUGCUUUCUUUUUACUUUCUAUCUCAAUUUUUUAAAAGUUUGUUUUAAUUAUAUUUGCCUUUGUUUGCUUGUUUUAACUGUAAGGUUUUCUUGGGUUCUAUGAAAUAAAUUAAAUAUUAAUAAAAUGUAUUAUUAUUAUUAUUAUUAUUAUUAUUAUUAUUAUUAUUAUUGUUACAUGUGGUCUGAGGACAAUUAGCUGUCCUUCCUGUCUCCCUGUAGCGCUGUCUUAAGGCGCUUCACAGUACGGACAUUGCAAUGUAUUGCUCGGGCCACAUCCACAGUCCUCAGGCCUCCAUGCAGCAUGCCUAACACACACUACCGCAGAUUAACAGAGACAGUUUUUUUUUUCCAGGGUCAAGGACAAUGGUCCCUUUACUUUACUAACUAUGACCUUAAUUGCCUGCAAGCUGUUAUUAUCUUACUGGCCCCAUGUGCAUGUUCAUUCACAGUUUAUGGUUCAUUGAACACGCAUGGAAAACACUGUUUGAAACCUAUACGCUAAAGAUCUGUAAAGUUAUUUGGAUUUUUACCAAAUUAUCUUGAAAAUACAGUGUCCUUGUUUUUCUGCUGAGUUUAUGUCUAUAACCCCUACUGAUAUCCACUGUAGAGCCAUACAAGACUGAGUUGACAGGUUGCUUGAGGUUGACACGGAUGGGGAGGGAGGAUGUGUUGACGUUUCUGUAUAUUUGGUGUAAAUAUAUCUUGUUUUGUAUGUUUAAAAAAAA